CCUCACCCAAAGAAUACUCAUACACAGCUAUCAGUCUCUAAAUACAAGCCUAUCCUAUAUACACCACAAGCAAUACUCCCAACGAGCUAACAGCUACAAUCCAAAAUGACAACCAACAAUACAAUUCCCGAGAUAACGCUGUACUUCGACCUCGUCAGCCCAUUCAGCUAUAUCGCCUUCCAAGUCUUGAGGAACUCCACAAUCUUCCGCUCCUGCAAAAUAACCUACACGCCCGUCUCCCUCCGCACCCUACUGACAGCCUGCGGGAAUCCGCCACCCAUCAUGAUAAAGAACAAACAAACCUACAUAAACCACCACCGCCUCGCGUGGUCCCGCCGUCUGCGCAUCCCAAUGACAGAAACCGUACCAUCGGACUUCCCCUUCCCAACAGCCGAGAUCCAGGCUCUCCUGUGCCUUAUCUCGGACACGUACCCAGAGAAACUAGUGGAGAUCGUUGAGCGACUAUAUACCUCCGUGUGGGCCGAGGGGGAUUCCGCUUGUGUGACGGAUGCGGAGCGGUAUCGGGCUGUGAUUAUGGAGACGCUCGGGAAGGAGGUGCUGGAGGCUUUGGGGCGUGAGGAGAAGCGGGCUGAGGGACAGGCUUUGUUGGAGGCGAAUACGCUACGUGCUAUUGAAGAGGGGGCGUUUGGGUUGCCUUGGUUGAUGUGUACGAGUCCCGCUGGGGAGAGGGAGGGGUUCUGGGGCGUGGAUCAUUUGGGGCUUGUGGCGGAGUUUUUGGGGUUGGAUGUUGGGAUGGAGGGUGGGUUUCGGGUGUUGAUGAAGUGAUUGAUUUGCUGGUGAUGAGCAAGCGGGAGAGGAGGAUUUGAAGAGGAGAAGUAGUGCUACUUGGAGACGCAAAUGCUUUAUGGCACAGGUGCAUAGGCAUGAAUUGUAAAUAAUGUGUAAUGUAUGGUUUUGUGCAAGAGAGCUGAGCGAUGGUAUGAUUGUGUGGACUCUGGGCUACGUGCCUUGAUUAAACUGUGGUUGUAU